CUCAUCUCAUUGCCUUUUCUCUGACAGCAGGGGUUUCUAUGUUGCUGCUAGUGUCAACUCUGUUUCUUUGGGAGCAUGUGGCCUCCAAUCCAAGUGAUGCUGUGCCCACUGAAGCCCUAUAUGAUUAUGUGGUCAAAAAGGCUAGUGCCACAAAUGUCCUGGUUGCAAAUAUGCACGAUGAAGUUAUCCCAGACCUUUUGAAAUCAGUCGGCAUUAUUACUCAUGCCUGGGUAAAACCACUGACAAACCUGGUGUCUGCAGUGCCUGCUCUCCCGGGAGCUUCUGAUAAUCUGCUGAGAACAGCCACUGGUGUGAUGGAAGGAAACAAUAUGCUUCGGGAGGGACUUAAGCCCAUCCUCAACAGGACCCAUGUUGUAGUUGAAGAUAAUGCCUACCCUGAGUGGUCCGGAGAGUCAGAUUUGCAGUCAUCUGAUGAAGACACUCUUCGUUCUGCCGUUCAUUCCUUGACCACCUGCCUGAAAGGAGAUAUGCAAAAGAUUAUCAAUUAUCUCAGGGACAUGUGGUGCAGAGCUAGUGUUAGGGUGGAUUGUCCCGAUCGCGAUUAG